ACCCUUUUGCUUCUCGAGGUUCUCACAGCCUUUCUUCAUGCUCCAUUGCAAUAAACCCUAUCCUGUUUUAGCCCCUUUGCUUCCAUUAACCCCAUAAACCCUUAACUAGGGUUCUCUCUUCAUCUAUCUACCAAUCCCAUUCCUCUCUCCCUUCCUUCGAUAUCCGAAGCCACCAUGAUCAGAACAAUUUUUAGAAGAUCUCGUUCCUUAGUCUCAAGGCGCGCUUUCGCCGCCUCCACGUUGAUCGAGUAUCAGCAUCACCUCACUUCAUCAGACGCUGGGUAUGGUGGGGUUGCUGGUAAUGACCUUCGGCCAUUCUCCAACUUGUUUGGUUUUGGUGGGUUCAAGUCAUGCGCAUUUCAUUCCCCUGCGGGGCCGUUGAAUUUCCGGGCGUCAUUGGUUCCUCGUGCCCAGUACGCUGUCGAUGAUUACUCUUUCGAAGAAGGGCCCAAGGGAAACAAUGAUGAUGGCCUUGAUAUAUCGAAGCUCGGUAUUUCUGAGGAUAUCGUGUCUGCUUUGGCCAAGAGAGGUAUAACGAAGCUCUUCCCUAUACAGAGAGCUGUUCUUGAACCUGCCAUGCAAGGUCGUGAUAUGAUUGGUCGAGCUAGAACGGGAACUGGGAAAACUCUCGCAUUUGGGAUACCUAUCUUGGACAAGAUCAUUCAGUAUAAUGCUAAGCAUGGACGAGGAAGGGAUCCUCUUGCUUUGGUUUUGGCACCAACUAGAGAACUUGCUCGGCAGGUUGAAAAGGAGUUCUAUGAGUCAGCACCUAAUUUGGAUACAAUUUGUGUUUAUGGAGGAACACCCAUUUCGCGUCAAAUGAGGCAGCUAGACUAUGGUGUUGAUGUUGCAGUAGGCACACCAGGUCGAAUUAUCGACCUUCUUAACAGAGGUGCUCUAAAUUUGAAGGACGUUCAGUUUGUUGUUCUUGAUGAAGCUGAUCAGAUGCUUCAAGUUGGCUUUCAGGAAGAUGUUGAAAAAAUCUUGGAGAGGUUGCCUCCCAAACGCCAAACGCUUAUGUUCUCAGCAACAAUGCCUUCUUGGAUAAAGCAGAUUUCUCGCAACUACUUAAAUAAUCCAAUAACCAUUGAUCUUGUUGGAGAUUCUGAUCAGAAGUUGGCUGAUGGAAUUACAUUAUACUCAAUUGCCUCAGAUAUGUAUGGAAAAGCAGGAAUUAUUGAAACCCUAGUAACUGAACACGCUAAAGGAGGAAAGUGUAUUGUUUUCACCCAAACCAAACGUGAUGCUGAUCGACUAUCAUAUUCUAUGUCAAGAAGCCUUAGAUGUGAGGCCUUGCAUGGAGAUAUUUCACAAGCUCAGAGGGAAAGAACUCUUUCUGGCUUUAGAGAAGGCCAUUUCAACGUUUUAGUGGCAACUGAUGUUGCCUCACGCGGUCUUGAUAUACCGAAUGUUGACCUUGUAAUACAUUUUGAUCUUCCCAAUAAUUCAGAGAUAUUUGUUCAUCGAUCGGGGCGAACAGGUCGAGCAGGGAAGAAAGGAACUGCUAUCCUUAUUUAUACUCAGGAUCAAUCCAGGGCUGUCAAGAUUAUUGAGCGUGAUGUUGGCAGCAGAUUUUCUGAGCUACCGAGAAUUACUGCUCAAGGUGAAUCAGUAGGCAUGUUUAAUAGCACGGGUGGGGGUCGAUUUAGCAAUUUUGGAGGCAUGCAGGAUCGUAGAUUUGGUGAUUCAGGUUUUGGCAGCCGUGGUCCUGGUUUAGGCCGCUCCAGCUUUGGUAAUUCUGAUGAUAGGGGAAGGUUUGGUGGACCUAAUUCUGGUCGUUUCAGCAGCCCUGGAUCAAGAAGUGGGUUUGGGGGAUCCUUUGGUAAUUCUUCGGGCAAUGGACCAAGCUCUGGACGUUUUGGCUCCUUUGGUGGCUUUGGCUCUGGACCAUCAGACAGUGGCUUUGGCAAAUCUAGUGUAGACCGAGCAGGAAACACGGGAGGAUUUGGGUUUAGUCGUCGAAGCGGCAGCAGUGGAUUUGGUGGUUCAGAUCGUUCUGGUGGUUUUGGCUCAGGUCAAUCUAGUGCAUUUGGUGCCAGAGAUUCAAACCAAAGGAAUGCCUUUGGUGACUCUCGAGGUAGUGAUGGUUUUGGUGCUUUUGGGAAUGAGCAGAAUAAUGAUCAAAGCAGUGGGAGAAGGCCAUUCUGAUUUUAUGGCUUUAUCCCUACAUUAUUACAAAGGAUGAAUGAGAUUAUGGCAUAGCGAUCACUGUUUACACCUAUACUUAUUUAGGCAGGGAGCUUUCAUCUACAAGUUCCAGCAAGCCUCUCUAGAUUUGUUUGGCUCCUUGUCUUUCUUUUCUCGCAGUUUACUGCAUGAAGUACCUCUUAAGUUUAAUUGGAAGUUUUGAAGAGGCAACUUCAAAUGGGGCAUAGUAAUUCGACUUAAAUUCCUUCUAGCAGUUGAUGGGAGCAGAUUAAAAUAUAUACGAAAGGGUAGGGUGCUCUUCUGUUUAUACUUAACUUCUACUAUAUAGUAGAAAACUAUCAUGGGCUUGCUAAUUGAAUGGUAAUAGUAAUACUAUCAUCAUUAAUUUGUUUA